AUGCUGCGUCCAAGGUUAAGGAUACCGCGGGCCUCCUCGCCCUUUGCCCUCCCCGCCUCCCGGUCGUCAACCGCUGGCCAGCUCCUGCCCCUCGCCUACAGGUCAUCAUACCACACCGUUCCCGUGCUGGAGAACAUCCCAGAGAAGGAAUCCGAAGAUGGGCAGAAAUACAGGUCAAUCGACGGGUUCCUGUCCCCUAUGGCUUUCACGACCGCCUGGGAUUACUACCAGACCCAUGUGUUGUCCAACUUGAACCGUCUCUGUGCUGAAACCAACAACGACAGCCUCCUCCUCAAAGACGUCGUCCUCGCCACGGCCCGCGACCCCGCCCAAGCAGCUACUUUUAAUUAUGCCUCGGCGGCGCACAACAACCACUUCUUCUUCAAGUGCCUGUCCCCUACCGAGACAAAAGCCGAGGACAUGCCAGCCCAGCUGAAGGACGCUCUCGUCAAGUCGUUUGGCUCGCUCGACGCGCUCAAGGAGCUGAUGGUCAACACGGCCACUUCCAUGUUUGGUCCCGGGUUUGUCUGGCUCGUGCGGAGCGACAGGCCCAAAGACCCGCACCAGUUCCGGGUUUUGACGACCUACUUGUCUGGCUCGCCUUACCCGGCCGCGCACUGGCGGAAGCAGAGCUUGAACACUGCUACGGAUGUUGGGGAGUCGAGCGAGAGGGGGAUUCAGGCGGGCAAGCAGUAUUUGGAGAAUAGCGCUCGGGGUGCGGGAUGGAACGCGAGCGCGUAUAAGAAGGAUGAUUUUGCGCCCGGGGGGGUGCUUCUGGAGCCGGUGCUGUGCUUGAACACGUGGGAGCAUGCGUGGUUGUUUGAGUAUGGGUUUGGGGGGUCGCCGAAGAGUGUGUUGGAUAAGGUCAAGGGGGGGCAGGCGGGGGUGGCGGAGAAUCAGAAGAGUGGGAAGGAGGUUUAUGCGGAGAGGUGGUGGAUUUUGUGGAUUGGAAUUUGGUGGCUAGGUUGCUUUUCCGGGGGUACGUAG